AACAGCACCACAUAUUGCACGCAAUGCACUGUAACAGACCCAAAUCCUACAACGCAGCGACAUGUUCUGGUUGCACAACACCAUCGUCCAACUUCGAAAGAAACCACCGAUAUCAUCCAAAUGCACCCAAGAUCAAUCGUCCGGAUAACUCGGAAUGCUGCUAAGCCCUCGGUUACGCAGCGAUGGGGCUACAAAUGGUUUGAUCGAUCGCCAAGUCUUGAGAGCUUUCGCCAUCCCACACGUGUCAUUUAACUGGAGCUUCUUGUACGGCGUAUCCGUAGAUGCAGCGGGCGCACGCGUCAACUACUGAAAGUGAGUGAGUUUUGACGGGGGGGAGGGGGGAGGACUCAACUCACUCAAAACACCAAAACCGCAAAACACACAAAUCAUGAGGAAAUUCUUCAGGGAAGCAAAGCAAAAGAUCGAGGCCGAGAUCGCCUCCAUCACCGGCGACGAUGAACCCCAACAGCAGCAACAGCAGCAUUACCCCCCUCAACCACCGCAUCAGGGGUUCGAGCGAGCGGUAUUUGCUCACUUCAUGCUGAGCAAUACGUGUGAAUACACCGUCGACGAAUACAAAGUCGACAUCGGCCUAGCCCAGCAAGCGCACAUUGACGCCUUUGUCCUCAACUUUGGCAUCCACGAGGAAGCCAUCGUCAAGCUCCCCGACAUCUUUGCCGCGGCGGAGCAGACGGGCUUUAAGCUGCUCUUAUCCUUUGAUUAUGAAGGCGCAGGAGCAUGGCCCAAGGAGCGCGUAAUCGAAAUCGUCAGCAGAUUCGGCCCCUCACCAGCCUACUUCAGACGAGGCCAUCAACCCAUCGUCUCAACGUUCGAAGGCGUCGGUAACGCAGCCGACUGGCAUGAGAUCAAGGCCGCGACGAACUGCUUCUUCAUCCCCUCCUUUUCUUCCAUCGGCGCCGACAACGCCCUCAAGACGGGCGUCACCGACGGCCUCUUCAGCUGGGCUGCCUGGCCCCACGGCAACGCGCGCAAGAUGGACGAGGGGCUCGACGCAUCGUACCGGCACGCCCUCGGCCCCCACCGGCCCUACAUGGUCGCCGUAUCCCCCUGGUUCUACACUAACCUGCCCACCUGGAACAAGAACUGGGCGUGGAAGGGGGAUGAUUUGUGGAAUGACCGGUGGAAUGAGAUUCUGGCCAUGAGGCCUGAAUAUGUGCAGAUUCUCACCUGGAACGACUUUGGCGAAUCGCACUACAUUGGCCCCCUCCACCCAAAACAGUUCGGCGCCUUCGAAUACGGCCAGGCCCCCUUCAACUACGUCCUCGACAUGCCCCACGACGGUUGGCGCCUCCUCCUCCCCUUCCUCAUCGACCUUUACAAAUACGGCACGGCCACCGUCCGCCGCGAGGGACUCGUCACCUGGUACCGCCUCCACCCGGGCCACGCAGGCGACGCCGGCGGCACCACGGGCAACACGAGCUCCCACGGCCAGGAGCUCUUCCACCCGUCCGAGAUCAUGGAGGACAAGAUUGUCUUCUCGGCGCUGCUGACGGGUCCCGCGCAGGUCACGGUCAGCGUGGGCGGGGUUGCGGAGGAGGCCGGGUGGGAUGAUGAUGGGGUUCCUCGGGGGGGUGUCGGUGUGUAUCAUGGGAGUGCGCCGUUUAAUGGUCGGACUGGUGAGGUUGUCGUGACUGUGCACCGCGGUGGAGAUGUUGCUGCGCAGGUGCAGGGGCGGCCUAUUACGACCGAAUGCCAUCAUGGAGGAAUGAAUAAUUGGAACGCGUGGGUUGGCGCUGCCAACUCUCAUGUGGAAACAUAUGCCGUUGCGCAUCUGGGGUAGGCUAGCAACCAAUGGAGAAACCGUGUAGUCCAUCCAGUUGUUGACUUCGGGGCCCAUCCGACGUGACGAGUGUAGAUGCAAGGGAAACGCUGAGGUGGAGAGAGAGUUGCGAUGACAGGCACAGUAAAACACAUAUUCGUGGUUCAGAGUCUUUUAGGUUUCCACACACACGUGGUGUGCGACCAGGUAUUAUUCACAAACAGACCCUGAAAAAAGAAGAGCUGCAUCUGCUGCGCUGUGUCGCCGUGCAGAUGAGGGGGGAUCCU